AUGCAAAAUGUUAAGGAAGAGAGAAGUACUAUUCGUGCUCUUAGUAAGGAUGUUGUAUCGCCGCCGUUAGCCGUCAGGCUUACCAUCAAAGCAAUGCAAAUACUUUUCAUCGGAAAAAUGUUUCGAUAUUCAUUUCUACCGUUUUUACCAUUUAACCUUUUCACAUUUGAUAAUAGCAUAAUGUGGUUCAUAGCAUAUUCAGUGAUCGUUUCCAUUUGGGGGUUUGCUGUGUGGAUGGAAAGAGCAUAUAGGAAUAAAAUUAAUCUGCAGCCUCCUAGAUGUACAAAGAUAAAAUGCUCUCGUUGCAAAACAAAAAAAAAGUACCCCAAGUGGUUCAAAUAUAAACAAUGGAUGAAUAUUUUCCUAUUAUACGUUUCUCUAACAGUUUUUAACCUAGCUAUUCAAACGUCUUUUUUCAUAAAAGAAAUGUGCGUUCAGGGUGUAAAAUUACCUGGAGGGAGGGAACCAAAAUGUGAAAGCUAUCCAGGUGCUAUCAUAUUAUUUGAGGGGAUUCUCGUACUAAUCCAUUCCAUGACGGCUCAUGUAUUCAAAGAGUAUUACUUACAUAACGGCCCACUAGAAACGGGUGAUAGAACUCCUUCCGAUGAAAAGAAAUCAGCGAGCGAAGAGGCCAUACUUUAA